UAGUAAUUGUGUGGGUUUUUGCCACCAAAGCUUAGCAAAACAUUUCAGUCCUGAGCAGUGAGUGACUGAUGACUGACAGCCUACUGUUCAGAACAACGAUUCAAUCUGUUGAAUGUUUCUGUCGGCGGGCGGAGGAGAGGAAGAGGUCAUUUCAGCUGCGGACACUGAAGGAAACAAGCAAUCAGCACAAGAAUCUUCUGCAGGAACCACCCAGUGUACACAGCUCAGCUUCUGACAGUUAUGGCGACGAUUGUGAUGGAGAGAAUUGGGCGAGUGUUCAUCAGCCUGCAGCAGAUCAGGGAGGUUCCCCGGAUGCUGACUGAGUCUCUGGAGUCACCCUCCAUGCCCGGCACUGUAAGAGACACCGAGGUUCCCUAUUACUUCAGGGAGCGCUACGUCUGCACCGGCUACCGACCGCUCAACCAGAACUGGCGUUACUACUUCCUGUCUUUAUUCCAGCGCCACAAUGAGACCAUCAACAUCUGGACUCACCUGCUGGCGUUUUUAGUUUUUCCGGUUAAAUUGUGCCAACUCGCUGAGACUGUGGACUUUGUCAGUGAUCCUCAUUCAUGGCCCCUGUUGGUCCUCAUCCUGUCCUCCUUGACCUAUUCGGCAUUCAGUGUAGCAGCUCACCUACUGGGUGGCAAGUCUGAGCUGUGUCACUAUAUCUUCUUCUUUCUGGACUAUGUUGGGGUAGCACAGUAUCAGUAUGGCAGUGCUAUAGUUCACUUUUACUAUGCUGUGGAUGAGAGCAUGCACAAACAUGUGCAUGGGAUCUUCAUGCCCGCUGCCACUGUUCUCAGCUGUCUGUCAUGCCUGGGUUGCUGCUAUGGCAAAUACUGCAACCACACCCUACCAACCUGGGUGCGUAAGGUGUGCCAGGUGGUGCCCUCAGCACUCGCCUAUGCCUGGGACAGCAGUCCUGUGGCUAAAAGACUCAUGUCAUGGUCCUCAGCCAGCAAUGACCCAGCCAUUAUCUAUCACUUUGGCCAGGUGGCUUUCUUUCUCAGCUGCGCCUUCUUCUUCACCUACCCCCUGCUAGAGCGCUGCUUCCCUGGGCGGUGUGAUUUUCUGGGACAGAGUCAUCAGAUGUUCCAUGUUUUUCUAUCUUGCUGCACCCUGUGUCAGAUCCAUGCGUCCCACCUCGACUACGUGGGCCGUAGGAAGCUGUACUCACGUCUGCAUAGGAGCGGUGAGGCUGCUCGCUUUGUGGGACUGUAUGUGGUCACUUUGGUUGCAUGUGCACUAAUUGUUGCCUUCAUGCUGAGGAAAGUUAAACAAUUGCUUGACUUCAAAACCAAGUCCAAAUAAUAGAUUAGAUGUUGUAACUAUGUGCAAAAGCAUUUAUUUGCCUUUCCUUCCAGACUUACUGCUUUGACAGAAAGGGAACUAAUUAUGUUUGCAGCAGACUUGUAUUAUGUAAAUGGGUGUUGAAAUUUGAACAGUAAGUGGAAUAUUACAAAAGGGAUACGUAAUGAUAUGAGGAGUUAGUAUUUUGGUACUGAUUUGUAUUAGAAUGUUUGUAAUAAUUCACAGUAUCAGUAUUUUUCAUGCAUCAGCAAAGGCUGAGGCUUUUUCAAAAAAGGGAACAUAAUAAAAAUCAUAUUCUCAAAACUUGCAUAUUACUGGCAUUUAUGAGAUCACUACUGUUACUGAUAAAAAUAGAUGACAUGCCAUUGGAUUUGUUAAAUCAUCAGAUUGUGGUGUGUUUUGUCUUUUAUCCUAAAAAACUGGGAUAAUAUAUGGAAUAGCAUCUAAAAUUUUUAUAUAUUUUGAAAGUGACUGAGGUUUUGUUAUUGAAAUGGUUCAUAGGUGAUAGACUGAUCAAAGCUUGUGGUAACAUUUUUCCUAGGCAAAAAUCUACUUCAUAGUUGAACUUCAGACAAUAUAAUAUAGUAACAUUAAAAAAUCUACCAUUUUACAGUGUAAUAACAAUGUUACAACAUGCGAGGCCUUUGUCAUUGUGCCUUGAUAGCCAGUUGUUUGUUAAAUUUAGCAUAAAGUUGGUGCUGAGUAUUGCCUUGAAAAUGUGAUUUUUACUGUUCUCAACCCCUUAAUGCCAUCAGAUAAUGGCAUAGUGUGCAGCUUCUUCAGAAACUAAAGCCUUAGGAUUUAUGUUGCCAUUUUCAUGGGUUUACAUACAGUAUGUAGGUUUGAGAUCUUUAAAGACACAUGAUGAGAUGAUUACCAAUUUAAGGUUUAAACCCUUUUGUUGUUGUUGUUUGGCUAGCUUAAAGUCAUUCAUUUCAUAGCACUUUUAGAUAUGAUGCAAUGCACUGCCUUUAGACUGUAUUUAGAAAGCUGGAUAUUUGUAAGAGGUAUCUUAUAUAUAAUCAAGUCUUAAUUAUAUGGAUAUGUCUUAUUUUAGACAUGCAGUAUAUAAUGUACAUGUAGACUAUUUUGUAUUAUGUAUAUUAUGAUGUCAGCAAUCACUGUAUUGUGUCUUAUUGGAAAUCCUGUUUGUGCCUUUUUAGUCAUAAGGGAAAAGUGAGUGUGGGUGUGAGUGUACUAAUUAAAGAUAAAGGUACCAUGAUAAUAUAUGUCUUUGGGAAAUAACAAUGCCUACAUGGCCAACAUGUAAAGACAGUAGGAUUGAGUUAAACAAACAUCUUUUGGAGCUGGUCUGGAGGCAGAAAUAAUCUUAAGGUUUUUGUUAAUUUCUCUCAUAACCUUUGAGUUUCAUGUGUACAACAUUGACUAAUGAUGUGACAUGUCAUGUCCUGACCACUGUGUCAAAUCCCCUUUACUACUUUCUCUGUGAGCAACUACAACAUGACUGUGAGGUUCCAGAUGGAUGGGGAGAAUUGGGUCAUAUUUAUCAGGAGUGUGUUGACCUUUGAACACUGUGCAAGGAACAACAAGCUUCCAAAAUGUUAUCUUCAUUGUUAUCUUUAAAAUACAGUAUAAUAUGCAUGUAGCCAACCUCCAGGCCAAUAAAAUAUAAUGUAGGUACCAAGCUGUAUUUUCAAUGACAAAACAUGAGUAAAAGUAAACCUCACUUGUCUGAUCUAAUGUUACACUCUGCCUCUGAUUAAUGUUUGAUUAACUGAAACUCCAAUUGGGAAUUGAUUUCUACCUUAUUGUGCCUGUUGAUAUAUUGUAAUGAAACUUAAUGCACUUUUAUUUUCUUGACAUUAUGUAAAAACUGUAGGAGAUUUUGUCAGUUUUUCUUGCUAUUUCCAAAUGAAAUGAAUGGCCAUCCAAUGGCCUCUUGCUUGUAAUGUCCCCAAUUCACCUGCUGUCUAGAUAUAGAUCUUUUAUGUUUUUCCCUUUUUUUUUACUGCCAGCAAAGCAACAGCAGCUCCUGUUUCCUAGACUGGUUAUUUGCAAGACCAAGAGCUAAAGAAUGAGAUGACAUGAUAUUGCUUGUAAUGGUUAAUAGCAUAAAAAUGUAUGGUAUUAUUACAACCACUGUCAUUUCAGCAUUAAAAAAAGAAAAAUCUUACAUCAUGACAUUUUAAAAACUGAA